AUGAGUUUCAAAAGAAUAUUGAUUUUCCUGCUGCUGCACAUAUGUCAAGUUCUGGCUCAGUUGGAAAUUCCUGAAACGAUUCUAUACGUCAAAGAAGGAGCAAACCAACGCAUCCGGUGCAAUAUUCCGGGAAGUAAGAAGCUUCUCAGGGUGUCGACGGAAGAUCAGAUUCUUUUUGUGAAGAUAAAGGGAAGCAAAACGACUCAAGUCGGAACCGGCUCUGAUUCUUGGAGUCUUGUCGAUGAUACAACUGACGAUUUCUCGAUCAAUUUGGAGCUAAUUUCAAUGUCUCCUGAGAAAGCGCUCAUCGUUUCCUGCGAUAAUGAUUCCGGCGAUACGAUCAAAUACGAUAUUAGACUUCAAAAGGAGCCGAGCUUGGGCUUUACCGACGACUCGACCUAUCCAUUGCUGGAGUUUUCGCUGUUGAAGUUGAGUUGCAGCGCGAAUGAUGGAGUUCCGAAGCCAAAGAUCAGCUGGGAGUUCUCUAGUGGGAGAACUUUCAACACUUCUCUUUCACAGGCUUCCCCAGAGUCCAUCAAAUCCACCAUGACGGCAGGAAUGACGAGGGAAGACAACGGCGUUGGAGUAAAAUGCAUCGUCAGGCAAAAUAACGAAGUCGUGAAAACGAAAGACUUUGGAAUGCUCGACGUGCAGUUCAAACCGACGAAAGAAGACAUCCAGUUUUCAACGAAACCGAGCCUCGCGCAUGGAGAAAAGCUUACUGCCCAGUGUACUGUCAACGCUAACCCACCGGCGGCUGUUUCUUACGAAAUCGCUUACAAGGCAAGUGAUCACUGGCAAGCGCUCGAUCUGAACGAGCCAUUCUCGUACGAAAUGCACGAUUUGGCGAAAGUCCGCUGCGUCGCCACAGUCGGCGAUUAUCGAGUUGAAAGUAACUUCGACAUGAUCUCGAUGUUGAAAAAGCCAACGACUACGACAACAACAACUACGACAACCACAAGACCGUCAACAGCGCGGCCUUCGUCUUCGACCGUAGGUGAGCGAAUACGAAGCGCAGAAGUAUCAACAGACGCUGGAGUGACUUCAGCGACGCCGGAAGAGGUGGAGACAGACAGUGCUAAUCUGGAAGUUGCGAAAGCUGGGCCAAGAGGAAUUAUUUUAUCGAUAAUUGCCAAAGACGAACCAAAUGCAUUAUUUAACAUAAAAACUGUUCAAAACUCUCAACAAGAGAAGACGCUUCAAGCCGGCCCAGAAAACGAAGACCCGGACAAACCGUACUAA